AUGUCUACUACCCGCCCGAAGACGGCGCAUCAGACGGCUGAUGCACCGCCUCAGCUCUCUACCUUUGCAGUUUUCUGCGUAUUCUCCUUCGCCAAUCUCGUCGCUGCCGCAUUCUCUCCUAUCCAAGACUGCGACGAAGUCUUCAAUUACUGGGAACCAAGCCACUACCUCAACCAUGGCUAUGGUCUCCAGACCUGGGAGUACUCUCCCGACUACGCCAUCCGAAGUUGGGCCUAUACUGCCAUACACUCGCUUGUGAUUGGGCUCGCCAUGCUACCUAUGCAGACGCUAGGCUUGCAAAGAUCCAAAGUCUUCGAGUUCUAUUUCCUGCGAGCCGUUCUGGCGGUAGUCUGUGCAGCAUGCCAGACUCGCAUGUACACUGCUAUUAGAAAGACGUUCGAGGUGCGGGUCGCAUCGUUCUUUGCGAUGAUCAUGGUUAUAAGUCCGGGCAUGUACCAUGCUGCCCCUGCAUACCUCCCGUCGAGUUUCGCCAUGAAUUGUGCAAUGCUUGGAUUUGCGUCUUUCAUGGACUGGUCUAAAAGCACCAUGAGGACUGCCCAGGGUAUUACAUGGUUCGCUGUAGGCAGUGCCCUGGGUUGGCCUUUUUCAGGCGCUCUCGCUCUGCCAUUCAUUGCAGAAGACCUCAUUGCGGGCCUAUUCACUGGCACAAUUCUAGAAAGUUUGCGAAGAGUACUGCUCAAUGGCGCGAGUAGAGCACUCGCCGUUGUACUCUUGCAAACCGUCAUCGACUCGCUCUUCUACAGGAAGCUCGUGUGCGUGCCGCUGAACAUUGUACUUUACAACGUCUUCAGUGGGGGUAGCAGAGGCCCUGAUAUCUAUGGCGUGGAGCCAUGGCACUUCUACGUCCGCAACCUGGCCCUGAACUUUAACAUAUGGUUUUUUCUUGCGUUGGCUGCUCUACCACUACUACUUAUCCAGUAUCUUGUCUUUGAUCGGGCUGUUUACCGCAGCACGCUCACCAGAUCUAUCACUUUCGUCAGCCCGUUUUACUUGUGGUUAACGAUAUUCACGGUCCAGCCUCACAAAGAAGAGCGAUUUAUGUACCCUGCAUACCCAGCGCUAGCCUGGAACGCAGCCCUCUCCUUGCACAUCUUGCUAGCCAACUUUGGCUCGAUGGACCCACGACAUCUAGUAAGCAAGAUACCUCCGAUGGUGAAGCUUGUCAUUGUCUGUAUACCUGUGCUUCUGUCUUUGAACCUGGGCAUUCUAAGGAUUAACGGCCACAUGUCCGCAUACUCAGCACCACUGAAAGUUUACAAGCCAUUGUUCGACCCGGCAGUCGCCCGUCCAGGAGACACUGUGUGCCUAGGGAAGGAGUGGUAUCGCUUUCCGUCUUCGUUCAACUUACCCCAGGGAGUUCGUGCCAAGUUUAUCAAGAGCGAAUUCUCCGGUCUUCUGCCAGGCGAGUUCAGCGAGGCUGACGCCGCUCUCGGAAUGUUCCCUGGCACAUGGUUGGUCCCGUCUGGAAUGAACGACGAAAACUUGGAAGAUCCUAGCAAAUAUACCAACAUCGACCAGUGCGACUUUAUUGUUGACUCGCGCUCUGCUGGAGCUCCUCCAACAACCCUCGAGCCUGAUUAUGUCUCCAAUACAGAAGAAUGGGAGGCCUUGAAAUGUCUUCCUUUCCUGGACGCAAGCAAGACACAUACCAUUAGUCGCAUGCUUUGGGUCCCAGAUCUACCCGUGAUCCCGGCUAAGUUCCGCCGCCAAUGGGGCGAUUACUGCCUGUUGCAACGCAGGGGUCAAAAGGGCGCAUAG